GCGUGUUUGAUAGCAGCGAUCACUUAAUGAAGAGCGGUGCCCAACACGGUUUGAACGAGGCGUUCUCUCCAUGCCCUGGAAAAUUAAUUUUUAGAAAAGCACAAUGAAUUGUCAGAGGGAAGAAGGCCGGCCGGCGGCGCGGCGCGCUGGCGGAGCCGGGAGCGCCGUGCCGGAGCAGCCUCGCUGCCGGGGGCAGAGCAACUUUGCGCGGCCCCCCCGAGCUCUGUAGCUCCCGGUGCCCCCGGGCUCGGCACCGCGCGCGGCAGCGGCGACAGCCGGCGACCUGACCGAGCGGCCCCGCGCGCCGCCAGACGCCCCACGCCGCGGGUAAUCGGAAGAGAAAGAAAAAAGGAAAAAGAGAGACAGAAAAAGGAAAGAGAAAGAGACAGAAAAAAAGAAGAAAACACAGAAACUCAUCGUGGUUCUUGACUGUUUUUUAUAUAUUGUUGUUGUUAUUGUUGUUGUUAUUAUUAUUAUUUACCCAUAUUGGAGGAUAGGAGAAGUCUAUAAGUGGGUUGCAAAAAAAAAAAAAAGGAAUCUUCUUCACUCUAAAUCACUUUCUUUGCUGGACUGGGAUAUUAAAUAUACGACACAUCCAGGAGUUUAUUGGAGCGCAGACUGAUGGCGCAAAGGUACGAUGAGCUGCCCCACUACGGCGGGAUGGACGGAGUAGGGGUGCCGGCGUCCAUGUACGGGGACCCCCACGCCCCCCGGCCGAUCCCCCCGGUGCACCACCUCAACCAUGGGCCGCCGCUCCACGCCGGACAGCACUACGGCGCCCACGCCCCGCACCCCAAUGUCAUGCCGGCCAGCAUGGGCUCCGCUGUCAACGACGCUCUGAAGCGGGACAAGGAUGCGAUCUACGGGCACCCGUUGUUCCCCCUCUUAGCUCUGGUCUUUGAGAAGUGCGAGCUGGCGACCUGCACGCCCCGGGAGCCCGGCGUGGCCGGCGGGGACGUCUGCUCCUCCGACUCCUUCAACGAGGACAUCGCCGUCUUCGCUAAACAGGUCCGCGCCGAAAAACCACUCUUUUCUUCAAAUCCAGAAUUGGACAAUUUGAUGAUCCAAGCAAUACAAGUACUAAGGUUUCAUCUUUUGGAAUUAGAAAAGGUUCAUGAAUUGUGUGAUAAUUUCUGCCACCGGUACAUUAGUUGUUUGAAAGGAAAAAUGCCAAUAGACCUCGUUAUUGAUGAAAGGGAUGGCAGCUCCAAAUCAGACCAUGAAGAACUCUCAGGAUCUUCCACAAAUUUAGCCGAUCAUAAUCCUUCAUCUUGGAGAGACCACGAUGAUGCAACCUCAACGCACUCGGCAGGCACACCAGGGCCCUCCAGCGGGGGCCACGCUUCCCAGAGUGGAGACAACAGCAGCGAGCAAGGUGAUGGUUUAGACAACAGCGUAGCCUCACCUGGUACAGGAGAUGAUGAUGACCCAGACAAGGACAAAAAGCGUCAGAAGAAAAGAGGCAUUUUCCCCAAAGUAGCAACAAAUAUCAUGAGAGCGUGGCUUUUCCAGCAUCUCACACAUCCAUAUCCUUCAGAGGAGCAGAAGAAACAGUUAGCCCAAGACACGGGACUUACAAUUCUACAAGUAAACAACUGGUUUAUUAAUGCCAGAAGAAGAAUAGUACAGCCUAUGAUUGACCAGUCAAAUCGAGCAGGCAAGUUCCAAGUAGUAUCUGUAUUCAAGUCCCACAGGCGCAAAUCCUCAUCAAGUUAUUCUUCAGGAGUCCCAUCACCUGGUUUUCUUCUUGAUCCUUCAGUGAGCCAAGGAGCAGCAUAUAGUCCAGAGGGUCAGCCGAUGGGAAGCUUUGUGUUGGAUGGUCAGCAGCACAUGGGAAUCCGGCCUGCAGGACCUAUGAGUGGAAUGGGCAUGAAUAUGGGCAUGGAUGGGCAAUGGCACUACAUGUAACCUUCAUCUUGUAAACCAGUCGCAAAGCAAGGGGGAAGUUUGCAAGGCAUGCCAGGGGACUACGUAUCUCAGGGUGGUCCUAUGGGUAUGAGUAUGGCACAGCCAAGUUACACUCCUCCCCAGAUGACCCCACACCCAACUCAAUUAAGACAUGGACCCCCAAUCCAUUCAUAUUUGCCAAGUCACCCCCACCACCCAGCCAUGAUGAUGCACGGAGGACCCCCUACCCACCCUGGAAUGACCAUGUCAGCACAGAGCCCCACAAUGUUAAAUUCUGUAGACCCCAGUGUUGGUGGACAGGUUAUGGACAUUCAUGCCCAAUAGUAUAAGGGAACUCAAGGGAAAAACAAAACAAAAACAAACAGAAACUAUUUUAAGACUUUUGAACUUUGACCAGAUGUUGACACUUAAUACGAAAUUCCAGACAGCUGUGAUUAUUUUUUACUUUUUGUCAUUUUUCAUCAACAACAGAGGACCAAUGAAACAAGAACACAAAUGUGAAAUCAUGGGCUCACUGAAAUGAAUACGUCCAUGUACAGAUCCUCUGGAAAAAAAAAAGACUCCAAGAGUUAUAACUACUGUAGUAUAAACAUAGGAACUAAGUUAACUUGUACAUUUCUGUUGAUCACUCCGUUACGUUGCCUCAAAUAGUUUUAGAAGAAAAAAAAAUCCUUGUUUUCCACACUAUGUGUGUUGUUCCCAAAAGAAUGACUGUUUUGGUUCAGCAGUGAAGUCACUAUCCAUGAAAGACCUGUUUUGGCCAGUGAGAAAAGAACUACCCUGGAGAUGAAGAUGAAAAGUCUUGCUGGGUCUCUCAUCACUCAGAAGACUGUUCCAAGAAGGCCUUGCCAUUCCCUCAUUUUGUUCCUUCAUAAAAUGUGUCCUUUAGUUUCAAACAGAUCUUUAUAGUUUGUGCUUCAUUAAGUCUCUCCCCAUUCCUCCCAAUCUAUUUUUUUUUUUUUUUUUGGACUCUUCUUCAAAGAGCUUGCAGGUGAAGAUUUAAAAGACAGAACAGACAGAGCAGAAGCUUCUUCCAGUAGUUCUGAGCCUUGGCUUUGGACAAAAAACUAAAAGUUGGGCAGCUUUCCUCAAUGAAAGAAGUUACUAAUGGUCUUUGCACCAAACCUAGGACUUUAUCAUGAACUCAAAGCUUGGGAAAAAAAGCAAGAGAAUACUGUAACAAACUUCGUACAGAGUUCGGUCUAUUAAUUGUUUCAUGUUAGAUAUUCUAUGUGUUUACCUCAAUUGAAAAAAAAAAAAGAAUGUUUUUGCUAGUAUCAGAUCUGCUGUGGAAUUGGUAUUGUAUGUCCAUGAAUUCUUCCUUUCUCAGCACGUGUUCCUCACUAGAAGAAAAUGCUGUUACCUUUAAGCUUUGUCAAAAUUUACAUUAAAAUACUUGUAUGAGGACUGUGACGUUAUGUUUUAAAAAGAAAAAAAAAAAGGUGUUAAGUCACAAAAUGCGGUAAUAAAUAUUUCAUUUUUGA